GUUAAACAUAAUAUUUACGAGUAAUCAAAUAAAAUCAUAUUGAUAUACUAGUAGUUUAAAUAUAUCUAAAAUAAUAACAAGAAUAUCAAUAUAUAACACUAAUUUGAUAUCAUCGUCACCUGUGUACCGGUUGGUCACAAUUCGGCAUUCAGAAAAGCGAUAUAUUCACAACAUAUCUACGCUAUAUAAUUAUAGAAUUUAAGAUAACUCCAUUCACUGCGUUUUGGCACGUAUAGAUGAAAUAUUUUAAAUGGUUUGAUGACAUGUCUCGUAAAAUGAUACUUGCAUACGAAGUAUUGAAAGAGUAGUUAUUUUGUUCUUUAUUUGAAGACUUAAGACAAUUUUCAGAGAAUUCACAAUUGUACCUAAAAUUCGUCAUAUGUCAAGGAAAACCCCCACUGUUUGUCUUAUGUUUUCAGGUCCAGUGAUAUAUGAUGUAGUGUGCCCUUUCCUUUUGAAAAACUUUUGGAUCAUGGUGUUCACAUUGUUGACAAGCGUCCUGGGGUAUAGUAGUUUACCCCCAAGUGAAUCAUGUAGCUCAAUGUUGCUAGUCCACGGCUUCUCUGCACAGACAGCAGCCAACCCAUAUCAGCUUACCCUCUCCAAAAACACAUACUCACCAUGUGGUCAAAUUCAAGUAACAUUACAAGGCAAGGCAGCUGGUACACAGUUCCAAGGGUUCAUGAUACAGGCUCGUUCAGCAGCUGAUUCAUCAGCGUACAAAACAUAUGUAUCAUUUGCUACAGCCACUGGUGUUGGAAAUCCAUGCAAUCCGGAGGUAUCAGCCACACACGCUAAUACAGGCUCAGCUGAUAAAUCUUCCUUAAGCCUAACCUGGACUGCUCCGAACUCUGAUGUUGGAAAUAUAGUUUUUGUGUAUACAAUGGUACAGGAUUUUUUAACGUACUGGGUGAAGCAAGAGUCAGCGCCCUUGACCUAUGUGGCUGAGUCAGGGACCACAUGCACAACUGCUGCCACCACCACUACAAGAAACACAAAUGGAACCAUCACUCGUCCCUCAGAUUUCGGCAAAGUUAUCAGCUGCUUUCAUGAUGGCUGCAAGGGAGCUAACUGUGACUUCAUGCUGACUUGGAAGGAAACUGGGGAUGAAAUAUUAUUCUCCCUUGCCUGCAAAAGACCUCAGAAUGCCUAAAUAUUGUGCAAUAGGACUGUCUAAAGAUGAGAGAAUGGUUGGUUUUAGAUUUAAUGCACGCCUGCCCUUUAAAUUGUUAAAUUGUUUUUGAGCUUUUGUCCAUUAUCUCUGUUCUAUUUAAACUGGACUUUUGGCUUGAGGUGUUUCAUU